AUGGCGGAAGCUCAAGCUGAAAUGGAAGAGGAAGGUUUUGAUUUAAUUCUAAGUUUAGACGACACCGAUGUCGAAAAGGAUGAUAAAACAUCUCCUGUUAUCCGACAGUCGACUGAUGCUUUCACUACCAAUGAAGUGAUCGCAGUUCUCGAGAGGAUUUCUUCCAGCACGAUAAAAUCUGAAGCUGAAAUAACCACAAAAAUAUUGCGAAACACGCGCGGGAAAAAAGAUUUUGCCACCUUGGAUUGCUUUGUGUCUGUAUUUGUCGAGGCUUUUAAUAAGUGCAAUGGUUCGGUGAAGAAGUUUAAAAGCGAUAGCGUACGGGCUAUUAGGUUGGAGAAAAAGUUUGCCACUCUGAGAAAUGACAUGGAGUCCAAUCUAUUUGAUGCUUGGAAACGGCUUGCAGGAGAUGCCCAUAGUCUUGAGACCUCUGUUGUGGUUUAUCAGCAUGUUCUUCAGCAUUUCUGGAGCUGUGUGACAUUACAGGGGAAGUCAAGUCAAUCUGUUGAGGACGAAUACCGUAGUGUUGACGACGUUAGUGCUGAUUUGGACAAGGAUGAAGCUGAGCGAGAAGCCAUCCGUCGACAUGCUGGCUGGGCUGUGAAGCGUGCAAGAGAUCUGAUCAAUUCUGGUGCAACUAUUGUUUCGAUCAAGAAAUCAAAAGAUGAGAACUCUCCAGUUACAGAAGUUACUAAGACUUGUUUGCUUUCGUUUUUCGACAAAUUUGGAGUCGAUCUGCAGCAAAAUACUUGA